UAGAGUCGAUCUUAAUUCAGUAUAGUGAAUCAAAGAAACGUCCUUCGCAAUGAUCGCGUUAAAAAUUCUCAUCUUAUGGAUGAUUCAGUUUGGACUUCCUAGUUCAACUGGAUUUGAAUUUUAUGUCAUGCGGCAAUUUGGAUUGUUAGCGAUGGUACUGUCAACAUCAAAUGCACAAGUACAACAACUACCUUGUUCAGAGAACGGCAAACCUUGUACAUGGAGAAAUUUUAGGAAGACAACUGUUGGAAACAAGGCGAUACCUCCUUCAAACUUGAUCUCCAGUCACAACGUUCAUCGCUUGGGAGAAUGUCAUCUUCUCUGCAUUGGUCAUGAUAAUUGCUUUGGUUACAAUUUCAGAGCAAAAAGCAAGAUUUAUAGCAAAAACUGCCAACUAAGCAACAGCACUGUAAAAAUACACAAAACAAAGAGUGGAAACGUUGGAAAUUGGACAUAUUACGAAGACGUUUUGGUCAGAGAAUUCGAAGCUUUUCCACGCUCUAGUUGUCUUGAUAUUAAGAAUAGAAGUAAGUGUUACACAGACGGAAAAUAUUUGAUUGCCCCAGAUCGAGAUGGCCAAGACAAUCCAUUCGCAGUGAAAUGUGAUAUGACGUCAUUUGGUGGUGGAUGGACAAUGUGUUAUACAACAGACAGUCAUGUCAAUUUAAGGACUGAACUCACCACAACAACUGAACUGGGAUAUCGAGCAGACUGUAACAACAUUCCGUUUACUGAAGUGAUGUUUGUCGAUGAAGAAUCUAAACAAAAGGCAGCUUUUACCAAAGAUGGCGGUCCACCUAUCACAUUUGCUGGUAAUUAUAAUAAGAAUGCAAGUAUCUACGGCUUAUGGGCAGCAAUUAAAGAUGGUGUGGCCACGACGGAAUACAAAUAUCAAAUGCUGAUCUGUGACGCAUACUUCUACAAGGGUCUCCUUGUGUCUGGAUAUAAUAAGCCCUGCUAUAAGGUUUGCACACACUGGUGUGGUGACAAAUCGUCAACAUAUUUUCGUACAUCUGGUGACUCUUUCAAAGGUGUUGCUUUCAAUGAGAGUGGUCAUCAGUCGAAGUCAAAUCGUCUGAUAAGUGUCGGAAUUCGUUAAUAUAUCAACUAACAUGGGUGACGUCAUUUUGAUUUUAGCAAAUGUUAUCAGAUGUAGCUACCAAUAAUUUUUCAAGCAUGUGUGUUUUUUGCAAGAAUUGCAACAUGCUGGAUGUCUUAAUAGUAUUUCUGCACAUUUCCCUUCAACAUACUCUCUAACUUCAAAUAUUUUUCCUAAAAUAUCUUGGUCGUCUGACUCGUCUUAUUACACGUUUUAUCGUCGUAUUAACGGAGGAAGCCUUUUUCAACUAGCAAAUUAAAUUGGUACAUAAUGAUCAUAGUUACAAGCCAUUGAAGCCAACCCAAGGUUACACGCUGGUUGGCUUAAGAACAUGCAGCAAGACAAUAAUUAUUUACUUGUAAGAAUGUGUAAUCUCAA